AACAAAAUUCUUAUAUAUAUAAUAACACAAUUGAUUCAAUCUAUUAUACACUAACAACUCAAAAAAAAAAAAAAAACAAAGAACAAAGUUUAUAACAAGAAAUUACAAAUUUCAUAUAUUAGCAACCAAAAAAAAAAUGGAUUCAAAGGGAGCUGCAUCAAAUCAAACUUAUGAAGAUUUUGUGCCAACUACAGAGUUGGUGCAAGAACAAGACUCUGAUAUUCUUCUCAUUCAUCUCACAGGUUUCAAAAAGGAACAAGUGAGGGUUCAACUGACUAAAACAGGAAUUCUGAAGAUCAGUGGACAAAGGCCAGUUGCUGAGAGCAAAUGGCUUAGAUUUCAAAAGGAUUUUCCUGUUUCACAAAAUUGCGACAAGACGAAAAUCAGUGCAAAGUUUGAAAAUGGCAUUCUUCAUGUCAAACAACCAAAACUGAUUACUUCAUCAGAGAACAAAGGUCAAGAACUGCCAACAUCUGAUGCUCAACAACAACAAAAACCAGCAGACGAGCCACAAUCAACGCCUCAGAGGAAAGACGAACAACAAACAAAAGACGAAAAAACACCAACACCAACAGAAGAAUUGCCUAAACAUCAGGAUACUAAUGCUGACAAGCCUGAAAUGGAAGAACCAAACACAAAAGAAGCUAAUGAUCUCGCGGAAAAAACACCUGCUGAAAGGACAGGUGCAAGUAGCACUGUGGAAGAUGGAAAUAAACCGAGUUAUGCGUGUAAACUUGAUAAAGAUGCAUAUACUGGAACUGCAACUGUUCUAGCUGAGAAGCUGAAGAUGCCAAGGAAAUUGAUGAACAUGACUCUGAUUGCUCUUUUGGUUCUUGGAAUUGGCCUAUAUAUCAGCAAUAAGAUGAAAUCCAACAAUUAAAUAGCUGAAGAAUGACGUUUUUCGUCUAAUAACCAAAACUAAGUUGGGAUAUUUGGCAUUUCUCCCAGUUCAUGUGAGUGAGUAUGAAGAAAACUCACUGACUACUACUCUUCCUUUUUCUCAUUGCAUUGCUGAAUUGUAUACAUGAAACAUUCGUUUCAAAAAUUUAUAUCGAAUAAAAAUAUGACAUGAGUUAUACUAAGGUUUUCUGAUAUA